UUCUUAGUCUUACUCUGCAUACGGUGUUCACACUAGCACUCGAAACGGACUCAAUUAUCAUUGCCACAAUUUCGAAUGAAAUACGCUUCAAAUUUUAAGAGUAAAUUUUGUAUACCAAUUAAACGUCAAAUGUGAAUAUCUGUGUAAUUCAAUUAAACUAAUGCUAAGCUAAAUAAAAUAUUCCUACAACGUUUGGCAUUUACAUGUAUGUACGUAACAGUUAAAUUUUUUAAAUUUAAAUAAACUGUAAGAAAAAGUCAGCCGGACAAGCAAAGCUAAAAUCAAAAUUUCGAUGACUGAUAAAGCAUUUUUCACUGACAACAGGAAGAGUUCAUAAGCAAAGAAUAUUAUUUUAAUUCACAAUAGUUUUCUGUUGCAAGAUCUAAACAACUUUUAAAAUCAACAAUUGUGAAUUGAAAUCAAUGAAAAAGAAGCAUUGCAUAACGUGCUUGCUUAGUUCGUGUUUAUGAAAUUUGCUUUAUAGAGUUAAAUUCUUGAACGUUAUUAAUAUAUUAAAUAUAUUUAACUACAAUGCCGGGAAAGAGGUGCAAAAUAUGUUGUUCAAUAAAAGAGAAUUGUAUGUCAGUUAAUGACAAAAUUAUUGAUAUAGACCUAUUAAGCGCCAUUCAAUUCAUUAUAGUGAGGAAGUUUGCACCAUCCAAACUUUCUAAGUGGUCAAUUUGCCAAGAGUGUGCAGUGGCAAUUAUUCAUGCUGAUGUUCUUAUUAAGAAACUACAUCGCGCGGUUGAAGAAGCGACGAGGAACAGAAAGAGAAGAGUUAGCGUCAAAAGUGCCAUAUCGGAUACAUCAGUGAAAUCAAAAUAUUCAAAAUCCGAAGGAAAUAAAUCUAUUGGAAUUGAUUCCAAAGAAACAGAAAGUGCAGAGAAACAGAUUGAGGACAUGAAUGCAUCAAAAAUAAAAUUACAAGCAAUGAACGGGUUUAAUAGUCCAAAUAAAAUUCGAAAUCAGUUCGCACAGGAACGAACUGCUAAUUUGUGUGAACUUGAAAACUCUUUGAAUGAUACUGUUGAUUUUACUAUAUUGAAAUCUAAAAAACAUAACUCAACUGAGAUUAGCACUACAAAUACUGUCAAAAAAUCUAAAAAACAUAACUCAACUGAGAUUAGUGCUACGGAUGCUGUCAAAAAGUCUAAAAGUAAGAAGGCUGCAAAAAUUGAAAAUUCAAACACUUCAGUAGUGCAACCAAAUGUUGGUGAUAACGAUUUAAUGCCUGUAAAAAUAAAAAAAAAAAAGGUUAAGGAAUUAACGGACUUUUCUAAUGUAUUACUAAGUGAGGUGACGGAGGAUAGCCCACAAUUCAAGCAGAAAAAAAAUAAAUCAAAAUCUCUCGAUAAACAAACGGAGAAGCAAUUUGUGUGUGAGGUAUGCUGCAAAUCUUUUAGAAAAAUGUCGAAGUUGCAAGAUCAUAUAAAAACAGCCCAUAUCGAAAAUCCAUCUAAAGACUGUCCGAAUUGUGGGUUGUCGUUCAAAUCUCAAUCAAAAUUUGAUAAACACGUUUUUUCUCAAAUAUGCCAACAUUCAAUUUAUUCCUGCCAGCAAUCGAAUUGCAACAGGAUGUUUUCUAAAAUUAAAGACAUGAAGAAACAUAUGGAAAACACUCACGCCUAUGAAUUAAGUCAUACGGAGGAGGUUAAUUGACUAAUGAGUAUAGUGUAUUUGCGUACAAUUUUAAUUAGAUCUUAUAGAUUUUUAUAAAUAUAUAAUUGUUUAAUUAAAAUAUUUUAAAUAUG